AUUUAAUUCAUUACAGGCAAACAUUUUCUAUCACUUCUCUGAAGUUUAGUCAGUUCUUUUUUCGUUUUUGUUUUUUUUUUGUUAUAGAAAUUGAGAAAUUAAUGAAUUAUCAUCUCAUAUUAAAUGUUAUAAAACUCAGCUGAAACAAAGAAAUAUAAUUAUAAAUUUUUUAAUAGAAAUUCCUUUUUAAGACUAAGUAUGUAAUAAAGUCAUACUAAUGUUAAUAUCCCUGUAAAUUAUCAAUCUGCGUCAGUGUAACAUGAAUUCUCUUAUUUGAUGUGUUUGUGUGACACAGACAUCAUUGCAGUAAUUUCCUAUUGGAUGAGAGAGAUUUUCUAUAUUUCUUUCAAUAUUGAAAGUGAGGCUGAUAGCUUUUUUCUUUGUUCAUCAUACACACAAUUGUGUGUGUGUGUGUGUGUGUGGAGGACAUAGAGUUGUAACUAGCACACACCAGCAUCUGGCUAACAUCUCACCUCCCACUACAUACAGCAACUGUCACACUAUUAUAUCAGCAGUUACACAGGAACAGCAGCAGCAAUAUAAGAACAGCAGCAGCAGCAGUAAUACAGGAACACUACUACAACAGCAGCAGUACCACUAUAAUACCACUACAGCAGCAGCAGCAGCAGUUGGAGUGGAACACUACAGCAGGAUACACAUCAUCCAUCACACACAACUACAGUGAAGGAUUAAACAAUGCAGAAAUAUCUCCUGCUAAUGUGUGAUGAAGAAUUCCAGACAUGACAGCAUAUAUUGGUCUACUGUGUCUUCUACAUUUACUGAUCACCCUUGUACUGUCCAUAGAUAUUACAUACCAUGUCAAGGAAGAAGACAGACCUCACACCUAUAUAGGAGACAUUGCUGUUGACUCCAACUUAUCACACCCUCUCACACAUCAACAACACACUCUCAUUACAUUUACACAACUACAAAGGACAGUCGAGAGUGGUUCUCACUUAUUUAAUGUCACCAACUCAGGAAAACUAUACACUACUCAAACACUGGAUGCUGAGUCUCUGUGUACAUACAACAAGGAAUGUUCCAGAAUAGUUAAAGUAGCAGUGAGGAAAGGAAAAACUUUUAUGAAGAUUCUAAAGAUAAAAAUAUUAAUAGAAGAUGUCAAUGACCAUUCUCCAGAAUUUCCACAGAAUGAAGUUGAAAUUGAAUUUCUAGAAAGAGACACUAAAGGAACUAGAAUAUCUCUUCUAAAUGCAAUUGAUAAAGAUAUUUCAAUUAAAAAUUCUCAAAUUAUAUACAUGAUAAAAAAACGUAAAAGAGAACCAUUUUCUCUCUCUGUCACAAAGCGACAUGAUGGUGUCUAUGUUCCAGGACUGAUUCUAGAGGACAAAUUAGACAGGGAACUAAAAGACUCAUAUGUGUUGACCCUGGAGGCUAGAGAUGGAGGGAACCCUCCCAAAACAGCUACACUCAAGGUACAUAUAUCUGUGACAGAUGUCAAUGAUAAUACACCUGUAUUUUCACAAGAACUUUACAACAUCUCUAUAAGUAAUUCACAUCAAAGACAUUUACCAAUUCUUACUUUAAAAGCCACAGAUCAGGAUUCUGGAGACAAUGGAAUAAUUUCUUAUCAUUUCAACCAUAAAACAUCUCAAAAUGUCCUGAAAUAUUUUGUAUUAGAUAAGAAAACAGGUGAUUUAUUUUUACAUGAUAAUUUUGACUUUAGUAAAAAGCAGUCUUAUAAAAUAUUUAUAGAAGCACAAGAUGGAGGAAAACCUCCCCUUAGUACUGUAACCAAAGUCCAGAUUCACAUUAUUAAUAACCAGAAUAAUGCUCCAUUGAUUAACAUAGAUUUUGUAUCUCCUUUAUCAGAGAGUUCAGCAGCAGUUUCUGAAGACAGUGAAGUAGAUAGUUUUAUAGCUUAUGUUAUGGUCACUGACAAUGAUAGUGGACCUAAUGGUGAGGUUAUCUGUGAUUUAAAACAUGAUAAAUUUAAACUUGCCAAAAUAGAUUCUAAAGAAUAUAAAAUGAUUGUUAAGGGCCAUCUUGACAGAGAAAUAAGGGACCACUAUAAAGUAUCUAUUGUGUGUCAUGACAUGGGGUCACCUCAACUAGAAAGUAAAAAAUAUUUCUCUGUCAAAGUAACUGAUGUCAAUGAUGUAGAACCACAUUUUACGAAAGAGACAUUCCAAUUCCUCACCUAUGAAAACCAGAAAGUUGACUUCCCUAUUGGCUUCAUCAAUGCUACAGACCCUGAUCUUGGAGAUGGAGAAUGGACACCUUCUCUCAAUGACACUGCCAAUAUUGUUAUUGAGAUUCUAGAUAAAAAUGAUAAUGCUCCGUAUUUUACGUUUCCUAAUAAUGACCCUUACAAUCUAGAUGUCCACUACCAUCCACACAGUAAGAAGGACAUCACAAUUCUGAGAGCAUCUGACAAAGACACUGGAAACAAUGCUUUCCUCACAUAUGGAAUACUGAGAUCCAAUGAUAAAAACCUGUUUACAGUGAACUCACACACUGGUGUGUUAUCUUUCUCUCGCACAGUUUACCAAAAUGAUGCAGGAACAUAUGAGCUGCAGUUUAUAGUGAAAGACGGUGGUACUCCAGCUCAAUCAGCAACAACUGCUAUCAUACUAACACUGUUUGUUAGUAAUGAUACAUCUCCAAUGUUGACUGCUGUGCCAUUCCAGUCUGGUCACGACCUGAAUAUGACUUGGGUAAUUAUCAUUGUAGCAGCAGCUGUAAUACUAUCUGUGGCUAUUGUAGUGUCCAUAACACUGUGUGUUUUCAGAUGUAUUAAUCACACAAAUAACUCACCCACAACAGCAGAGAAUCCCAACUUUCUCUCUCAGACUGAGAUGAGACAAUUACUGUAUCAGACUAACAAUCCUGUUGCAAUAACGAGAAAUGCAGAAGAGAUAUUUAACCGAAAUCUUCAGACAAUAAAAUCUAAAAGUCAGUUUUUUCUGGAGAUGGAACAGACACCAGAUGAGUGGAAAUUCUCAACAACACAAAGGAGACUUCCACCUGUGCCUCAGAGAUGUGAUUCAAUCCAUAGUCAAGGACGUCGUACCAGUUCCAUCAUGUCUUACAACAGUGACACGUUAACAUCCCAAAAGGACAGAGAAGCUAGCAAGAGUAAUGGCAAGACUAAACCAUAUGAUGAGAUACCUGCAGAACCAGAAUAUACCAAUGACAAUCCAGUUGCAGCCACAAUACUAAAGGGACAACAAAUACAAGAUACCUAUCUACAGCCAACAUAGUAGAUGUUCCAUGACUAUUGUUAAAUGAUUCUCUCACACACCAAAUCUUAUACAAUACUUUAUAUUCAUAUAAAAAUAUCAACUCUAUGUUUCUUUCACACAUCACACAUGUAAAAGGCCUUACAAUGGCAUCUAUUAUGACCCCUUAUUUACAUCUCUUAUACAUUAAAUACUACAA